AUGAUGCUGAGAGCAACCAUCUUCCUCACCACUCUACUCACCUUUAUCAUGAAAGUCAACACCGCGUCGCUUCCCAUCCGGAUUCUUACCCAUAACAUCCGCUAUGCAGCUAAUCCGCCUUCAACAGGCGAGAAACCAUGGUCUACUCGUCGCCAACUAAUCCUCAAUGAGCUGCACUACAAUACUCUGCACAACCCCGAAGCCUUUAUAUGUCUGCAAGAAGUUCUCAACUCACAACUCACUGACAUCAUAUCUGGUCUCGGCGACGAAUGGGCAUAUAUCGGCGUCGGCCGAGACGAUGGCAAAACCAAGGGCGAGUACAGCCCCGUCAUUUACCGAAAAACAGUCUGGAAGCUACUCGAAUGGCAGACUGUCUGGCUCAACGAAGAUGGGGCUGUAGGGAAAAAAGGAUGGGAUGCAGGCUCCAUCCGCAUCAUCACGAUUGGUACCUUCAAACACAUUCAACGCAAGAAGACACUCGUCGCAAUGAGCACGCAUCUGGACAAUGCUGGUCCCGUUUCCCGCCGCGAGUCUGCAAAGAUUAUUCAAAACGUUACAGCUCAAGUCACCGCGCCUGCGAAUAGUUCUUCGAGCGCUCUGCCCUUCUUCCUCGGGGGUGAUCUUAAUUCUGAGACGGACGGUGAGGCGUAUAGGAUUCUAAAUGCUGAGGAGUCUAUCUUGCAGGACACGAGGGAGCAGGCGAGAUGGGUGUAUGGGCAUGAGAUUACGUUUACGGGGUUUCAGGAUGAAGGGAAGGAGCACACGACAGACUACUCUCUGGCGAACCCAGAUACUAUCACCAAGUACAAGGUCGCCGCCGACAUAUCUCAAAGAGUCCUCAAGGAGGUCUCAGGAUGGAUCGCCGCUGACGCUAACAUUGUCGAGCUCUGCGAGCGCGGCGACAAGCUCCUGGAGGAGGAGGUCGGCAAGGUCUACAAGGGCAAGAAGGUCCAGAAGGGCAUUGGACACUGCACCACCAUCUCACCGAGCGCCUACAUCACUCCCUACACGCCCCUCAAGUCCGAUACCGAGGAGGCUGCAACAACACUGAAGGAAGGAGAAGUCGUCAAGAUUCAGUUGGGCGCUCAGAUCGAUGGUUUCUGUACCAUUGUUUGCGACAAUGUCAUUGUCGGUAACACUGGCGAGGUCACCGGACGCGAAGCUGAUCUUAUUUUGGCUACACACUACGCAAACGAGCUUCUCUUGAGGUUGAUGGUACCCCCAAGCCUACUUCCCUACAGCGAUGAGGAGGAGCAAAAGAAGGCAGCCACCAAGAAGCCCUACACACAGAGUCAGAUGACCAACAUGCUCGAGAAGGUCGUCAAGGCUUACGACUGCAACCUCGUCGAGAGCACCACUAUCUGGCUCUUUGACCACAACGAGAUUGAGUCCAAGAAGAAGAUUAUCCUUGCUCCUGGUGAGGGUGUCAGGGGUGAGGGUCUGCCCGAAGCCGGCGAAGUUUGGGGUGUCGAGAUGGGUGUCAGUCUGGGAAGCGGCAAGGUCAAGAACAACAGCAACAGGACUACUCUGCACCGCCGCACAGCUACCACCUACCAACUGAAGCGCCCAACUUCCCGAGCACUUCUGUCCGAGGUUGUCAAGAAGUUCGGAACUUUCCCCUUCAGCUUGCGACAGCUUGAGGACGAGAAGGGCGCCAAGGUUGGUGUCGUCGAGUGUGUCCGCACUGGUGUACUUCGCCAGUACGAGGUCGUUGUUGACAAGGACAACCAGCCCGUGGCUAGGUUGUUCUCCACUGUUUCAAUUGGCAAGAACGGCAUGCAGCGCCUUGCUCAGCCUACUCCUAUUGACGUGUCCAAGUACAAGUCUGAUAAGAAGAUUGAAGACGAGGAGAUCCUCAAGAUCCUAGAGCAGCCUAUUGGAAAGACUGUGACAAAGAAGAAGAACAACAAGAAGAAGAAGAAGCCUGCGAAGAAGCCUGCCGCUGACGGCGCCGCCGCUGCCGCCGAGGAGGAGAGUGACGACGAAGAUUUCGCCAUGCCGGCCCUCCGCAAGUCUGCCCGGGAGCGCGACUUUCGAUCGCAACCAAGGUCUAGCACCACGCCCUACGCCUCACCUACUGGCACAACAAACGAUCACGUCUACGACAAGAAGCAGCGCUCAAUCACCGAGUGGACCGAGCCCCAACCCCAAACUCUUACGCCCUCUUUUGAAGAGCACGGUUUUGCGCGGCACGGCGUCCUUGAGAAUAUGGCCCCCCUCGGCGUGCCCCCAAAGGCAAAGGACAAGCAGCGCGCGCGCGCUCUCGACGGACCGGCUCCUCGGAACUCAUUGCUGGGAAAAGUGAAUAUUGCGUUUGGCGACGACGCGGGGUCAACUCCAGAAGUUACUCCGGCUCCAGAGCUUGAGCCUGAUGAUUCAGAGCGGCAAGAAGAGUACGAGAUACAGGCCGGCUUUCCUGUUCUCGAGGACGAAGAGGAUGACGACUACGAGCCUACCAAGCCGAAGAAGAAGGUGAAGGUGUCGAAAACUCCAGUCAGGGGCAAGACGCCCGUGCAAAGCAAGACGCCUGUCAACGGCAAAACGCCUGUAAAGAACUGUUACAGCAAGAGCACGCCCGUCUCAGGGAGCCCCGCCGUACAGGCGAUUUCCAUGUCCGAGCCUGUUGCAGCGAGCACACAGCGCAUUCAAAUCGCUGUCAACGAUGCCAUUUCAAAGGCCAACAGCAGCAAGGGCAGGCGUUAUGUAGGCAUCGCCUUGAAGCGCGCCUUUGAACAGAGCAAAAGUGACCCAGAACUAGCCGAGGCCCUAGAUGCAGUAAUUCACGAGAGGAGCACGCCCAAGCAAUAUAACCGUUUUCGCAAGUUCAUCAAGUCAUUCAAGCUUGAAGAAAAAAUGAAAAUGGGCCUCACUAGAGACAGGCGCUUUGACCAGCCCAACACGGCCAACAACGGUGUUUCAUUAUCCAGCCAGCCGCCAUCCCCUAGGGCUAGCAGUGAAGUUGUUCCCGAUGAUUCUGUCUCAACCACUGAAUCGAUGCUGAACGACACGCACAAGGCAUUGCAGUCAGCACUGGACCCACAUUCUGAAGCUGCGCCCCACCCAUUCAGCACAGCGCCUGCUCUGCCAGCAGCAGAUACCUAUGCAGAAUCAACACCAAGGAUGCCCUCAAAGUCGCCUCGGAAACGAGCUGCUACCAAUGGAAAAUCCGCGCCAGAUUCUGCUAUGGACGUGGAUGGUGGUCUCUCGACGACUGUGCCUACUCCGGUAGCAAGGACGCCCGACACUGGUGCAAGCGAUUCUGAACUUUCAGAGGUCAAUGAAGAGAUAGUGCUGAAAGGCCCGCCAGAGCCGGUGCAGGUCAACGGAAAGAGCGCUGCUGCAGCACCAGCCUCAGGACCGAAGAAAGGGAAGAACAUCGCCCAUGCACGCGCUGCUAAGAAGGCGAAAGCCAAUGCGGGAAAACUCUUUGGCAAGCAUGCCUACAAGCAGCAGCCACUUACCGCAGAGCAGCAGGCGGAAGACGACCGUCUCUAUCAGAUGCGCAAAUCUAUGGUGGAGGAACAGCCUAUCCGCCAGUUCGACCAGAUCCCCCCUCCAGUCUCUGAUGUCCGCUUUGAUGACGAAAUCCUUGAGACAGAGUCUCUAACAGAAUCUCAGAUUGCCGUAGGCCCACCGGUAGACUCUGAUCAACCACGGCGCCCCGGACGAGCGCCAAACCACGGCACCAAGCGUCUGCGAGACGAUCCGUUACGGUUUUCCUCACCUCAAUCUGAGCCAGCUACAGUGACACGGCCUUCGACACCAGCCGUCGGACCGGCGCCCAAGCGUGUCAAACUCACCAACGGUCAGGGUGCCAGAACUAAGCGAUCGCCAGUCAAAAACCGAGAUGCAGGACCUAUUGCUGGUGUAGCGUUUACUGGUGGUGGCGGUUCGAGACAGCUGGGGCCUGAUGACAAUGACCCCAACUCGCCACAGUCGGAGAGCGACGACUUCUGCUCUGCGUGUAGAGGUGCUGGCGAGUUUGUCUGCUGCGAAAACUGCCCACGCGUUUUCCACUUGCUAUGCUGCGAUCCACCGAGGAUACAGGUACCUGACGGUGCCUUCUACUGCUACGAAUGUAAUGCCAAGUUUGGUGCACCCGAUGACUCCGAAGAGACACAUCCCAGCUUGUGGCCGCUCUUCGAUAAGCUGGAGCGCACCAACCCUCGUGCCUUUGCCUUGCCGCAAGACAUCCAAAACAAUUUCGAGGGUGUUUCUGCGCGUCCUGAUGGGUCUUACUUUGAGGAAGUCAAGAAGUUCCCUCUGGCGAAGAACAGUGGAUAUGGCUACCAGAAGCCAGAAUAUACCAAGGUCAUCGACAACGAUCAAAAGGUCAUCUUGUGUGUCCAGUGUGGGUUAUCGAGCGGUAACAAGCGCCAAAUGCUGAAGUGUGACUUCUGUCACGCAUACUGGCACUUGGACUGCUGUGACCCCCCACUCGCUAAUCCGCCACACAUCAGCUUUGAUGCAUCUCAGCGCGAUGCCUGGAAAUGCCCCCGACAUAUUGAUCACGAUCUUCGUAGUGGUUUGUUGGUGCAGAACGAUUUGAGCGCUGAUGACCACGAUGUUGAGAUGAGCAACACUGCGCCGUUUGCCCGGAUCACGCGCAGAGUUCGAGUACGCAAACACUCUGAGUAUGUCGAGCCAGUGUUCUCACGCGGCAUGCGCAACAACGGUUUGAUCGAAAUCACUAAUGAUCCGGAUGAUGACACUGAUGGCGAAGGCAACUACGUGUUUGGCGAUAAUGACUCGAAGGAUCUCAGCUCAAAGAUCUUCCGUGUGCCAGAGAAGGGGGUCGUCCUCGACUUCAUCAGCAAAGUCAAGAGUGGUCGUGUGAUGAAGAACUAUGGAGCACCAAAGGCUGUGGAGGCGGCAGCACAACGCAACGCGUCUAUGCAAAACUACCUCGCACAUUCUAUUGAGCAACAGCAAGCAGCACUCACCCUGGCUCAGCUGGCAGGAAAAGAGCCCGAGGUCGACUUGAGCGAGGGCAAAGUUCAGGCGCUCAUCUACAGUCUCACCUCCGAAGCUCCUCCGAACGUCAUCACAGCCAUGGCCAACGCAGACCCGCCACCGCCUUCAGAGCAAGAGCGUGCUCAGCUGGAGAUGCUUCAGCGCCUUAUCCAGCGCCGACUUGGAGCUUGA